CAAAAUCAUCGUAGCCGUCCGAUCACCAAGUAUCCACUCUUGAAAUACGCGAAAACCUCAUAUUUCGCUUCCUUCCCUCUCACUGUCACACAAAAAUCAUCUAAAAACCACUGAAGAUGGAGUCACGCGUGCUGCUACGCGCCACCGCAACAGUCGCCGGAAAUCCUCAAUUGAGGCGACCAAUCGGAGCGAUCCACCGUCAAUUCAGCACCGCGACGUCGUCGUUCACGGCUUUCGCUAAACCGAUCGGAGCAAUCGGGGAGGGAGGGAAUCUGAUCUCCGGUCGUCAGCUCCGUCCGAUUCUCCUUCUCGAUAGCUCGCCGGAGAAAAGAGAGAUUCUCAAGCCGGUCAGAGCCGCCGCCGCAGAAGGUGGAGAUUCCGCUGGAGAAACGAAAGUUGGAUUUCUCGGGAAGUAUCCGUGGCUCAUCACCGGUUUCUUCUUCUUCAUGUGGUACUUCUUGAACGUGAUUUUCAACAUUCUUAACAAGAAGAUCUAUAAUUACUUCCCUUAUCCCUAUUUCGUGUCUGUUAUUCACUUGUUCGUUGGAGUUGUCUACUGCUUGGCAAGCUGGUCCGUGGGCCUUCCUAAACGGGCCCCAAUUGACUCGAAACUCCUCAAGGUAUUGAUACCAGUUGCAGUCUGUCACGCCUUAGGCCAUGUCACUAGCAACGUUUCCUUCGCUGCUGUUGCCGUCUCCUUCACUCACACCAUCAAAGCGCUUGAGCCAUUCUUCAAUGCGGCUGCUUCUCAAUUCAUUCUCGGACAAUCCAUCCCCGGAACACUAUGGUUGUCUCUAGCUCCUGUUGUUCUCGGAGUUGCAAUGGCUUCGCUAACCGAGCUAUCGUUCAACUGGCUUGGUUUCAUCAGUGCGAUGAUCUCAAACAUCUCUUUCACUUACCGAAGCAUCUUCUCCAAGAAAGCCAUGACUGAUAUGGACAGUACAAAUGUUUACGCUUACAUCUCCAUCAUCGCUCUCUUCGUCUGCAUUCCUCCUGCCAUCAUCGUUGAAGGGCCUCAACUGUUGAAACACGGUUUCAGCGACGCGAUUGCUAAAGUCGGUAUGACUAAAUUCAUCUCUGAUCUCUUCUGGGUUGGUAUGUUUUACCAUCUCUACAAUCAGUUGGCUACUAAUACAUUGGAGAGGGUCGCACCGCUGACUCACGCGGUUGGAAACGUUCUGAAACGUGUGUUCGUGAUCGGUUUCUCCAUCGUUAUCUUCGGAAACAAGAUAUCGACACAGACAGGUAUAGGAACUGGAAUAGCCAUUGCUGGAGUUGCUAUGUACUCUAUCAUUAAGGCCAAGAUCGAAGAAGAGAAACGGAAAGGAAAGACGGCAUAGAGAACCGGAGGCAGACGGCGGUCGACGGGUGCAUAAACAUUUCCUCCGAUAAAUGUUUUAUAUAAUAAAUAACCAAAAUGCAAUAGUAUGUUGUAUUUGUACCAUCAACCAUUGUUUUCGAGUUUUUCCUCUUUCUUUUUUUCACUUUCAUAAAAGCUAUAUAUAAUUUUUUAUUCUGCUUCUUUUGUUUUUAAUGGAGAACAUUUCCAUUACUUCUGAUAUGCAAUUAUCUUGACGGAUAAAGAGCAUAAUAAUGUAUUUAUUCAAUCUUUUCAUCGUCGUAAAAGAGUAUAAUAAUGUAUUUAUACACC